GUGGGUUCCCCCGGAUGCUAAGUUAUUCAGAUAUGAAAUCUCCAUAUUAUGACACCCUAUGUAAAAAGUACUUCCAUAAUGAAAAAUUGUAUCAGUUGCUCGAGAUGGUACCAUUUCUUUCUUCUGAAGUAGAUGCGGAGCCCACUAGUGUGCAUGUGCCAUUGUCUCAAGAUCAAAGUUCAAUGCCUUCAACACAAUUUGAUGAAGUCUUGCUUAAGGAAAUUGUUAACGCUUUAAAGAAAAACCUAGGAUCAAAGAUUGAUACUUUAUUGAAGCUUCUUGACAAACCUCAUGAAAGGACCAUAGAGAGAGAACCUAGUGUUCCAAUUAGCAAAGAUGCAGUUGAUGAUCAAUGUGAUGAUAUAGAUGUGCAUGUAGAAGAUCAUUAUGAAAGCGAUUAUAGAGAUGCGCAUCUAGAAGAUGAAACUGAUAUUGGCAUCGAAAUUGGGAAAGAAUCUUUUGAAACUGCAAGGAAAGAAGAUGGAGUGGACUAUCAAGAUGAUGAAAUUUCAAAAGAGUGA